GCUUGGGGGAGCUUCAGGCAAGCAGGUCCACGCGUGUUUAGCGCUAAAUUAUUCUUGCCUUGGCGCCUCACAUCAUAUCUUUUGGCCAGACCAAUAAAGCAUGACGAACGAACUGGACCAUAUUCCUUCCCAGAACUCUUUUUAAUGAUUGUCUGAUUGAUAAACUGCUGCGGUAACGGCAGUCAAAAUAUAAAAUGCUAAAAUCAACGCACAUGCCGGCAGCUCAAGGGCGGCCGUCUCUUCCACCUGGAUGGACGGAACAUAAAGCUCCUACAGGUCACACCUAUUAUUAUAAUACUCUUACCAAGAAGUCCACAUACCAGCGGCCUGUUGAAACGCCACCGGCUCCUCAAGUCCCUGCUGUUGCCCCUACCAAUCCGGCACUUAGCUUCCUCCAGUACCAAUCAGUUGGGAAUUUGGGACCAGGCUCUGCUUUUGGACCUCCUUCUGCCCAUCACGACAGCAGAGGUGGCCCAGAUAGUCAUCGAGGAGGUAGAGUCGGACAUGGUUCACAGCGUGACUCGAGGCCGAAGCCACAGCCAGUUGACAAGCCAAAAGCAAAGCGUGCUAUUCCCGGAUGUGAGCCAUGGUUCCUCAUUGAUACCAAGCUUGGGAGGCGGUUUGCGUACAACUCCGAGAAGAACCAGAGCUUUUGGCGUAUACCGGAAAAAUUAAAGGAGGGUAUCUUAGCAGUUGAUCAACAACGUAUUAAGGAAAAGGCUGCCGCUUGGGCAGGCGAAAAAUCAGCUGAGGCGGCUCAAGCUCCAGGGGCGCAAGAGAUGCCAGGCGCUCAAUCACGUCCGAAGCCGGAAGUGCCCACUGAAAGCCAUCCAGAGGCUGAUGAUAGUUCAGAAUAUGAAGAAGUUGAGGUUACAGAUGACGAGGAUGAGGAUAAUACCUCGAAAAGGCAACGGACUGAAGAACCUGGCCCGCAAGGGCCCGUUGAGUUCACAGAGGAUGACAUUGCAUUUCAACUGGCCGCAAUGGGCCAAGAUUACGGUCUCGAACCAGGAGAAUACGACGAUGGCAAUAUGGAAGAGUGGGAAGAGGGUGCCGAAGGUAUGGAACUAACGGAAGAGGAUGCAACUGCUCUCUUCAAAGACCUACUCAACGACUCCGGUGUGAGCCCGUACACACCGUGGGAUAGAAUAAUAGAAGAGGGGACACUAGUCGAUGAUGCUAGAUACACCGCCGUUGCCACAAUGCGACGCAGGAAGGAAGUCUGGGACGAAUGGUCGACGGAGAAAAUUCAACAGCUGCGUGAAAGGCGGGCAAGGGAGGAGAGGAAAGACCCGCGGAUACCAUGCCUGGCAUUCCUGCAGAAGAACGCAACGCCGAAGCUGUACUGGCCCGAAUUCAGGCGCAAGUUUAAAAGGGAGCAAGAGAUGCGCGAUACCAACCUCUCUGACAAAGACCGUGAGAAGUCUUAUCGAGAACAUAUCAAUCGACUCAAACUCCCACAAGCUACACUCAAAUCCGACUUCCUCAACUUGCUCAAAGAACAGCCACCAGCAUUACUCAAUAAUUCCACACUCCCCUCGCAUCUUCCGCCAACCGUACUAGCGGAUAUAAAGUACAUCUCCCUGGAUCCCUCUAUCCGAGACCCUCUGAUCGAGACGUUCAUCGCAACGCUCCCUCCGGCACCGGAAGUGGCAGAGGCCGAGGAAGAUGAGGAGGCGCAGAAUGAGAGGAAGGAGAGGGCGAGGAGACAGAAAGCCUUGGAAGAUCGGGAGAAGAAGGUUGCGGAAGAGAAGCGGAGGCAGCAGAAGACGUUGGCUUUUGGGAAGGGGAGGAUGCGAGAGGAGGAAGAGGAGAUUGCGAGAGCCAUGAAUGUUACGAGGAAGGGCCUGAAGGGACAUUUAAUGGAAAUGGAUGUUGAUGAGGUAGACGCGCCAGCCCCAGCCCCAGCCCCUUAGUGAGGUUGGUGGUAUGGGUUGUCACGGGAAAUAAAUAGUUGUAUAACAUAUGAACGCCAGCAAAGCCUUUAGGGUAUCAUUGUAGUAUUACACAGCGACUUCGACCAAAUUGUCUGUCUCUUCAACCAUGCCAUAUAUUCCUUAGCCGCGCAGCCUGAAGCCUGCCCAAUUGUCAUCGUCUUCCCCGUCGUCAUCAUCAUCUUCAUCUUCUUCCUCUGGAGUAGAAUUUGGGGCCUCCGUUUUGCCUCCUCCUGCAGGUUCUGGAGCAACACGAGUGGGUUCUUUUACCCUCAAUGCCUCCCUCUUCUCCUUCAACCUCCUCACCCGCUCCUCUAAUUCAUUCAUUUGUUCAAACUCAUCUUCCAGUUUCCUCACAGCAUCCUCCCUAUCCCCCUCCAAGUCCGCCUCAGCCUUUUCUUUCCUAGCACUCAUCUCUUCCUCCCUCGAUUUUGCCGCGACCUCCUCUGUCGUCAUUGGCACCGCGCUUAUGACGGCAUUGUCUGUUGUCUCGGCCGUGACUUCAGCUGCCGCGAUGUCGGCUUCGAAAGCUGCCCAUUCAUCUUCGUCAACUGUAGGGAGCUUUGCGGCUUCUGGCGCUGCAUCUGGUGCUUUGAGAGGUGUGGCGGGACGUGAGGGGAGCCUGAAUUCUUGACCAUUGGAGUUAUUGGAAGGGGCAUCUUCGGAUUCCGCUUUCGUGGCAUCGUCGAAGAAUCCUUGAGGUAAGAAGCCAAGCAGAGGUGCAUUUUUACUUCGUUUCCUGCUGGUGUCCGCUUGUUCUUCCUCCUCCUCGUCAUCACUAGCCUUGCGCUUCUUGGUUUGCUUUGCUGGGGGUUCUUUUUCAGCUGAGGUGGCGGCUUGCGGUUUCUCUUCGUCGCCAUUUUUGGUCUGUGCAGGUCCUGGUUCUGGGGAACCAGCUGGGAAACCUGAUUCGUGGCCGUUCCUAUUUAGGUGUAUCAAAUGAUUCUCAGAUCGUAGGUGGUCGUUCCAUAACGAUUCAUUCUUCAGCUCAAUAUGACAUACUACGCAUUGUAGCUUCCCUGUCUCAGAGUAUUUUGCAUGCCGAUAGCUGAUGCGCCGGGCAUUACGCUCAUUCCGUAGUAGAGUUCGUACAUCAGCCAUCAGAGGGUUGUUCGUUCAAAUCUGUCUGUUUACGUACGGCUUCUUAUGUUCCAAUCGAGCUGCCAAAUGUUUCAAUGCGACGCGAAGCCACCCCUCACUAGGAGCUUGGACCAUCCCGCUAAAUAUGUGUCACGUGAUAGUGAUGGCAGGGGUUCUGCCACGUUAGAUUUGCCCCAAAAUGAGUUAUCUUCGCCUCGCCCCCAACUCCA